AUGGGCUGUAUUGGAAGCACUUCUAGAAACUUGUAAUAACCAACUUUCUCUGCUAUUCUAACGGAAAUUUUUGAAUUAGUACCAAGAGAGGAAUCUUUAAAAGAGUUCAACAAGAAAUCCGAAAUAAUGAAAUACUUUAAUGAGUUUGACUGGGCCAAAAUAUAACCUUAGUUUAAGUUAGAAGUAAAAACGUUGAUAGAUCACAUAGAAUCUUAUAAAAUUAGACUGAUUGAUUCUGCAUUAUAUGUAGAGAGUAAAAUAGUAAUUAUAACAAACAAUUAAUUAGAAACUGUCCUAAAAUCCUAUUAUAAUAAAAAUGUGCAUGCACAUAUUAUAAGAGCUCAUUCUCAAUUUAAAUAAGUUUAUAUAAUUGAAAGAAAUUCCAGUUUAAAAUUAGCUUCUUGAAGAAUCCAAAAUUGAAAUCAGUCAGAGGUCUAUCCAAAUAGAACACAUACAAACCUUAACCUAAGUAUCAGAUAACUUCUUAAAAUUUGAAUUAGCAUUCUCUAAUAUUAUCUCAUAGUUGAUUAAUGAUAAAAUGGCAUAUGCAAUGUAAGAAUGACAUAAUUUCUUAAGGGUUUGGUGGUCUUAGUUUUUAGAAACGUUGGAGUCAUUCUCCAAUAAAAAAGCAAAUAAAUAAUUCUAGAGCGAGAAUAUCCAAUGCAUUUUGACAUUCCUAGAAUACAUAAUAGGAACAAAGUUGGGUUAUUCAGAUUAAUUGUAAAAAAUAAAAUUACAUUAGUGAAUGGGUAACGAAGACCAAUGAAGAAAUGUCAGCAGUUUAAGAAUUGCUGGAUAUGAUAUCUGAUCCCUUUGUUGUGAUGUAAGUCUAUAGAACUGCUUUUCUAAGAAUUCCACAAGAAAGAUUAUUUGUAACAAAAAGUUAGAAAGCUCUAUUUAAUAUUUUGAUGAAGGAUCAUAAAAUGUUUGCCACUCACCCAAUAUGGCACAAAUUAACAGAAACUUUUCUAGAAAGAGCUUUAAAUUAAUAGUUGUAUGAAGAAUUAUUUUAAAUGUUAUUCAAUAAUUUUGACGAAGAUUAUUGGAAAAAUCCAUCUGAUAUCUUUGAUAUGACUUUCAUUGUUUUAGAAGUAGCCAAAGAAAUUAAUUAAUUGUCGAAUACUGAGCUAUUUAUAUUUACUAAAUUAGUUGAUUACUUAGAUACUCCUAAUGAUAAGAUUUUAUUCGACAGUCCCAGCGGUCCUCCUUUGUUGAAGAAAACUUCAGAAUAUAAAAAUUUUCACGUUACUUCAAAUGUGAAAAACUCAAUUAUUAAAUUAUUAAUUAGUCUUUUUAAUUCCAUUGAAACAAAUUAGUUUAUUCUAUUUCAGCAAACCUAAACUAUCAAGGCUGUUCUUAAUAAUUUAAGAUCUAAUCCAGAAUCAGAGACCUUCAAUGAUACUAAACUAUGCUUAAUCGCAUUGCUCAAAUAAAUAUCAUCAGAUACUAAUAGUGUCCAGUCAUUCAUACAAUAAAUCCUUACUUUCGCAUACAGUUACAAUUUAAAUUUAAUAAAUAAUACAGCUAUUAACGUUGAUAUUUUAAUUAACUUAUUGAUGAUUUUGCAUGAAUGUAUAUUCAAGAUAGAAGCCUUUAAUUCAACAAUAAUAAUCACUGAAGAAAUGAUAGUAAUGCUGAUUGAAAUAGCUGAAAUUAGUCAUUAAAUUUCAUUAAAAUGUGCCUAAAUUUUAACAACUUUGUUUUUAUAAACAGGAAAAAUAAACUCAAACGAAAAUAAUGAAAUUAAUUCAUAUCUUGUACCUAAUUCCAAUAUUAUUGGAUUAAGUGCAUUUUUUUUAUCAAAUUCUGUUUUACUUAGUUAUGAUGAGCCAACAGAUGUUAGAACAUUAAUAAAUUAAUUUUUUGAUUUCAUCCCUGGAAGGUUAACAAAUCAACAAAUAGUGUCUAUAAUUGCGUAUUUAAUUGAUGAUUCCUCGAUUAAACAAGGAAGCAACAAAUUGGCCAAGUCUAAUAGAAAAGUUAACUUUGAUCAAUACAAAGACAAGGAAUUAAGGUUGUGCAUGAUAAUUAAGCUAAUUUCAUUUAUGGAUGAAGAAGUUUCUAAAGAGUACAAUGAACUUUUAUAUUCAUGUCUUGGAGCAUAGUUUUAAACAUAUAAGAAAAAGGGAUUUGGUGCAUAGUAAAAUUAAUUGUUAUUAUAAGCUAGGAUUUAUCGAAUUUAUUAAAAAAAAGUAAUAUUAACACAGAAAUUCAGGAAAUAUUAUCAAAAUGCACUUCAAUAAGUCCAAUUGAUUUUGAGAAAAUCAAGAAAUAAUUCAAAGAAAACCUAUCUAAUUAGAAUAAUUAAAAUGGAAUUAUAAAUUUAGAUGAUAUUUAUGUGAAAGAAGAUAUUGAAGUAUUAUAAAUUACAAAUAAUAAUAGAGGGGAUCCAUUUUAAAUUAGUCCUUCUAAGCUCCCAGUCACAUAGAUGUUUAAUUGGAUGAAAGUUUUGAAUAGUAGUUGUAGACUAUAAAAAAAUAGAAGAUGAAAUAAGAUAAGUUAGAACAUUUAACAACUGAGUAAAGGGAACUGAUGGAAUAUUGA